CCGGGAGGAGGCGCCUCUGGUCGCUGCGCGGUCCCAGGUGGCAGCCACAGCAGCGGCAGCGGCAGCGGCAGCGGCAGCAUGGCGGGGGAAAAGCCCGAGGCCGAGAUCGCCUACUACCGGCUCCAGGAGGUGGCAAAGCACAACUCGGAGAAGGACAUGUGGAUGGUGAUCCACGAGCGCGUCUACGACGUCACCCCCUUCCUGGGCGAGCACCCAGGUGGAGAUGAGGUUCUCGUAGAACAAGCUGGCGGGGAUGCGACUGAAAGCUUUGAAGAUGUAGCACACUCUAUGGAUGCCAAGGACAUGCUCAAACAGUACUACAUUGGAGAAGUUCACCCGAGUGACCGUAAAGAAGGAUCCCAGAAUUCAGGUUCAUUUUUUAAAAGAUGCUGCUCAACUUGCAUCAUCCCCAUCAUGGGUGCUGUCCUCUUAGCUGUCAUGUAUCGUUUCUACAUGGCCGAGAGCAGAUUGUCCUGAGCCAGCCUCGCUGGAACCUGGAAAGAGAACAUCCUAGAGAGAGAGAGAGAAAAAGUGCAGUCCUGCUCUGGUAGGACUGCUGGAUUCCCCCCUCUUUGAAUCCUGCCAAUUUUAUUGCUCCCCUGCUGAGUCAAAAUGGGCAUGUCAACUGUCCACCUCCGAACUGGGACCAUGCGCCUCAUCAUACAGUUGCAAUGCCUUACUUACCCCCAAGAGGCACCAUAAUUGUUGAGCAUUCCAUUCUCUAGCUCAUCUUUUCUUCCUGAAGUUUUUGUAAAUAGCUCUUCAUUUCACAGUUUUCUGUCAGUCAUUUCAGGAAAGUGAAGAAGUCAUUUGAAUGUGUAUAUGUAAAACAAUUCUGUGCUUUUACAGAGAAGAAAAUGCUGGUUUAUAAUGUUGUUCAAUAAAAGUGUCUGCCUCUGGCACUUUGAACUUAAAACAAGCAUUCUCAAAAGAAGGGCAGCAAAAUAUCUGGUUCUGAGGAUGAGAGAAUGUUUAUUUUUUCUCUCUAUAUUGGUAGCUACUUUUAAGCAAAUACCAAUUUUUAAAAAUUACAGUCUUAACUUAAUUCCAUUUAUUUUGUUGUUUCUGCAUUAUUUAUUUGAAGUAUCAAGUGCAUCACUACUGCCACCUAGAACACAAUUUUCUAAAUUGUCAUUUUUGAGGAUAAUAGUGUACUUUCAUUUCCCCAUAACAGUAACACUUGACCUCUGUGGUCCCAAUUUCUUCUUUUUUUAAAGUGGUGUUUGAAAUAAGCUCGUCUUUCCUUUGGUGGAUUAGUGGAGCUGAUGAGUUUUUAAGGAGCCCUGAGGGACAGCUGGGUGUGAAAGUGGUAAGGAGUGACAGUGUAUUUGGAUGAAAAGGAUUCUGAGGUACUACUCUAGGCAAGUGAAGAAACAGUUUGAAGACACAGUAACCAUUCCUAUAGCUUGAUACUUAUUUUUUUGGGGGGUCUGUUAAAAACUAACAGCAAAUCUAAGCUCCAGGUUAGUUUGUUGAGCUUUCUCAGGGUAUUUGUUUAAUGUAGUAGAUUUUGGAGGGGUACUGAUUGCUUAAGAGACUGUGACUCCAAAUGUAUCUAUGACAUUUGGGGUGGGAAAUAAUUGGUACAAUAAUGUGGUAUUUGUGGGUGGGAUUAAACAAGAAGAGAAAAUGUUUGCGUUUAUGCCUCUCUCUUUCACCUCUGUGGCUCCCAGGUAUUUGUAACUCUUCCUGUUGGAACGUAUUUAAAAUAAAAGAGAUAUCUUGUUUUUUUUGUUG